CCCCCGCCCCGCCCCCCCGCCGGCCGCGGGCCCCGACGCGCGCGAGAUGGCGGCCUUCCUGCCCCAGUGCCGCCCCGCGGCGCCGGCCUCGCCGGGCGAGCGGGAGGUGCUGCAGGGCUCGGCCCAAAGCUUGGCAUCGCUCGGACGUGUGCAGACCGUGGCUGCUCCAGCGCUGGCAGCUCCAUCGGCUCCGCCCGGGCCCGUGCAGUUGCUGCGAGUGCAGCGGAAGGAAGAGAAGUGGUGGUACGAGGUGUGCGAAGAGGGCGCCAAGAUGCUGGAGAGAUACGGCAACAGGCGUAUUGCAGUGGUGUCCAUCUGCGGUCUCUACCGCACGGGCAAGAGCUACAUCCUGAACCUCUUGUUGGAAAGGAUUCAAAAGCAAUUGCCCCUAUUCCAGGUUGGCUCGACCAGCCGUGCUUGCACAGAGGGUCUUUGGCUGUACGGUUCGUUGAACGCUGAUGCCAGUGGCAGCCCAUUGCUCGCCUUCGUGGACUGCGAAGGCUUUGGUAGUACUCAGAGCGACCGCACUCGUGACGCACAGCUCAUGACGCUUUGCGCUUUGUUGUCUUCUGUGCUGGUGCUGAAUACUAAGGGCGCUCUGAAUGAAGGCCUAUUUAACGCCCUCGCCCUCACAUGCCGCUUUGCUGAGCACGUCGAAGAUCGUGGCAACGAGGCCAGCAGGCCGGAGCUGCUCUGGGUGCUGCGUGACUUCCAGCUCGACCUUGUCGACGCGAGCAACGCCCCCAUCUCGCCCUCGGAAUACUUGGAGAAUGCCUUGCGCGCUGCCCCGGCGACGACGCGCGACGUGGAGAGGGGGCAGGCUGCGCAUGAGGUCCGGCAGAGCCUUCUCCGCUUCUUCAGCCAGCGCUCCUGCGCGACCCUGGUGCGGCCUGCGGAGGAGGAGGAGGACUUGCAGCAGCUCGACCGGCUGCAGUAUUCGGCCCUGCGCAGCGAGUUCCGCGCAGGCGUCGAGGCCCUUCGCACGAAGCUCAUCGCCACAUGCCACAGCCAGCCGAAGCUCGUGGGCGGCCAGGCCAUCGGCUGCGUGGGCUUCGUGGCGCUCAUGCGGCAGCUGGUCGGCGCGCUCAACGACAACGCGGUGCUGUCCGUGCGGGGCGCCUGGGACGCGGUUCAGCACACGACGUGCGCGGGACUCCUCGAGGAGCUGCGCGGCAAGGCCUGCGGCACGCUGCGGCUGCUCGCCAAGGGCCAGGCCGCCCCGGGCGGCGCCAAGCUCCCGAUGGCGGACGACGCCCUGGCGGCCCUGGUCCGCUCCCAGCGGGCGGAGGCCAAGGCCCUCUGGGACCGGCAGGCCGUGGGGGACGAGGGCGUGCGCGCCGAGUACUGGCAGGAGCUGGAGGAGGCCAUCGACGCCGAGGAGGCGUCGCUGCGGCAGAAGAACACGCGGCUGGCGGACGAGCACCUGCAGAGGGCGUGCAAGUCCUGGCUGGAGUGGUUGGACAGAGACCGCGCAGCGUGGUCUGGCGACGGCGAGAGGAUCUCCUCGGAGCUGCUGACGCUGAUGCAGGGCAUGCCCAGCCCGGCGCUGUGCCGGGCCGCGCAGCUGGCCAUCCAGGCCGCUGGGAAGCAGGUGUCGAAGUGCAAGUCGACCCUUGCCGAGAACCAGCUGAAGUUUUCCGAGGACCUGCAGCAGAUGAAGGUCGCGUCGUCCAAGACCGACGAGGUCAACUCUAUCCGCAAAGAGCUGGAGAAGGCGAAGGCCGAGCUGGAGGCCACGCAGGAGAAGCUGAGGGCGGCCGUCGUUGCAGGGCAGGGGACGGAGAUGGAGCUGCAGGCCCGCGACACGGAGCUGCGGAGCCUCCGGGCCAAGCAGCACGACGCCCUCACGGACCUCGACGCCAUGCACACCAUGGAGCACGAGCUAAAGGCCCAGCUCCGCAUGAUGAUCGAGCGGGACGGGAAGACGCAGGCGGAGCUCGAGAGGCUCAUCGCGGAGAACGCGAAGGCGGAGGCCGACAGGCAGACGGGCGAGCGGGCCCUGCGCAUGGCGCGCCUGGACGCGGAGGCGAGCGGCGCCGUGCGGGUGCAGGCGGAGGCCUCGCUCAAGGACGCCCGCGCCAGGCUCGGGCUUGCCGAGGAGGAGCUGAAGCGCUCCAGGGCGGACCGGGAGACGCUGCAGGGCGAUUUCGACAGGGCCAGGCGAGAGGAGGAAGAAGGCCGCGGCGCAUCGCAGAAGGAACGCGAGGCGGAGCGCGCGGAGCUCCGGCAGUCUCGGGAGCAGCUGAAGGCGCUAGGUGAGCGGGUGGAGGCCCGGGAGGCCGAGCUGCGGGGCGCGCGGGAGCAGCUGCAGGGGGCCCUGGCGGACGUGGAGCGGGCGCGCGCCCACGAGCGCGAGGAGGUGAAGAGACUCCUGAAGGCCAACAGCGAGAAGGAGGCCUCCCUGCGCGAGGACCUUGCCUGGGCGAAGGACGCCGCCGUGCAGGCCGAGAGCAAGCUGAACCUGAGCGAGAAGGCCGCGAGGAAGGCCCGCUGGGAGGCCGACACCGCCGCACAGGAGGCCAAGUGGCUCGAAGGGGAGCUCCGCGGAGGAAAAGGUACCGAUACAGCUGCCCUUGCCUCGCCUCCGCCUGUUUCGGGCCCUUCUGGGAGGCCCUCGCCGCUACGGCUGGAUUCGCGCCGAAGUUUUUGGCAGAGAGCACCCUUUGAGAGGUCCGGGGAGUAGGGUGUUGCUGUCUGCUUGCUUCCCCAGGAGCUGAAGAGGCUUGCCCACGGCCAGAUGUGAGUACGUGUGGGAGCCACCUCGGCCAAGGCGACGGUGCCUUUGCGGCCGCACUGCCGGCGUGCAUCAGAGGAGGGCUAGUUGAGCCAACGGCCGUUGGCCUUGAGGGGGAGACCCCCGUCAGCACGGAUGGUCGCAGCUCGGAGAGCUGGUGCGGUUGGACCCCGGGAGGGGUCCAGGGGCCCGAUUUCGAGGGCUGCCACUGUCUCCACUCGCCCUGCUCCGAGGGUGGGAGCGGCAUCCGCCUCGACGAGGCGGCGGUGCUUUCAGGGCCGCCUCGUCGGCGUGUGGGGUCGGGGCAGCCAGAAGCGGCCAGAGCAAUAGUUGGGCGCAGGCAUAGGUGGAGCGACCGGCAGGGCGGCUCCGCUGCCGCGGGCGGGCUGCCCUGCCGGGGACCAAUACUGUCUGUCGAGGGGCGCAGUCUCCCGCUCGCGUCGUCAUGGCCUGGUCGCGAGGCUCCCGAAGCGGGGAGGAACCGCCGACCGGCCCGCUCGGCACACUGUACAGACGCGGCCGCGGGCUCUCUCCCCGCCCCGGCGGUGCGGAGAGUGACGCCGGCUUCGUGUCGGUCCAGCGGGCAAAAGUCAGGAGGGAAAG